AUGGUUCGUAUUAAACGUCGAUAUUUUGUUUUUCAAUUUCAUUUUAAUUCUAAUCCAACAAUUAUAAUUAAAUCAUCAAAUAUUCAUACAACAUUUGAAACAAUGAUUUCUCGUUUAUAUGGUGAUAUUGGUAUUGCACGUUUUACACGAAAUCUUUCAAUUAUUUAUUAUAAUUCAUCAACACAUGUAGCUAUUGUUAGAUGUCUUCGUGAUGAUAAACAUAUGUUAAAAACAGCUGCAACAUUUAUUUCAAAAUUAACUAUUGAUCAAAUUGAAUGUUCAAUACAAACACUUCAUGUUGGUGGAAGUAUUCGACAAUGUAAAAAAUAUUUAGUUAAUUAUUGUAUUGAACAAUUAAUUUCUAUGAAUUCACAAUCAAUCAAUCAAAAUAAAACAACAUCACAAAUAUUUAAAAAGAAAAAAAAGAAAAAAAAUAAUCAACAACAAUUAAUGGAUAUUGAUAAUGAUAAACAAUUAGCAUUGCAAAAACUUUUAGCUGAUAGUCGAAUAGAAUCAACUUCAACUAUUGUAUCGAAAGUUGAUGAUGAUGAGUUAGGAAAAAGGAAAAGAGAUGAAGAAUAA